CUGCCGGGGGUCUAGGAAACUUGUCUCUGAACUACAGAAUUAAAGAAAAAGAAAAAAAAAAAAAUAGAGGACGUGUCCCGAGGGAGGUUUGCUGGGAAAGGGCGGCCAUCCCUAGGCUCCUGGUGCACCAGGCCCGACCCUUCCAGGGACUGAUAAAAGGAUGUGGUAGUUUAACCAGGGCUUUUGGUAGAAUAUAUUUGCCCCAAGUUGGGAGAUUCCGAGAUUGAGGGGGGUGGAAUCAAGUGGAGGCUGGCAGGAGCGAACCCUGACCUGGGAUCUUGCAGGGACUAACGAUGUUUGGAGCUUCUUGUUUUGAGAAUGGGAAUACAGAGUUCUAGGUCCUUUACUAGGAAGGCAUUCCACAGUAUCUUUUCCUGGGACAUAGUGAUGGCAGCAGUUAUAGUUGAAAGUUGGUUGAAAGAGUUGAACUGUUUACAGUCAGUGCAGGAAGGAGGAGCUUUACUCUGAAGGUUGCUAAGCUACAGGGAGCUUGUAGGCACCAUCUCGGGCUGUUUGGGAAAGCUGAGAAUGCAUUCAGUGCCCAGUAAAGACUUAGCAGGGGUUUGUCCCUGUUCUCUUCAUGCUGCCAUGGAGCUCUUAUAUUGGUUUCCACGGAUUCAUCUUGAGCCAGGAGAGUUUGAAUAAGUGCUGAAGACUAAGAAAACACUCAGUCUUUGGGUCCUGAGACAUUAGACUGGAUAUCUGGGGUGGUAUUUUUCAAAUUUAGUUUAUUUCCUUUAAAUAAAAAAAAAAUUAUACCUCACAGUGCAUUUUACAUUGUGAUCUAGUACAUAUCUACAUAUGAUUUUAAAGUAAUUCAACCUUUACCCUUAUUACGUGUGCAUUCCGGUAAUUUCUAUUCCAUUUUCUUUCAUUUAGAAACAUACUGACUGAAAUCCACCAAAUUGAUUUAUGGGUCUCCACUUGCAGAUUGAAAAGUUAUGUUUAUAAGGCACAUUUCUUGAUUAGUCAGUGUCUCCAUAUUCUGCGCUUUUAGAGAACAAAGAUGAUUCCAAGAUGAGUUUUGGGGACAGGGGUAGGGCUGCCAGGUAUAAAUGUUUGCUUCAGUUAGUUAGAUGUUUAUAACAUAUAACAUAUUUGAUCCCUGUUUCUUGAAGUAUUACAAUCAUAAUAUUUGACAUAUCAGUGUUUCCCAAUCAUUCGACAAAAUUGUGUCUGUGCCUCUUAAUUUUCUCUGUCCUUUGCUGCAUCUGAGAAAUAUGAGAGGCCUAGUUUCAUUUAGCCACUUUGCUCCUAGUCAUAGUUAAGGAAGUUUUAUUUCACUGCUACCAUUAUAAAGAUACACUGUUUUGCUUUUCUGUUACUUAAAAACAUCUUGAAUCUUCUUACUCUAGUAAUUGUUAUGUUUUAUACUUUUUGCUCUAUAUUUAAAUGUAUAAAGUUCAUGGCUUUAGUAUAUUUCAUAAACUUAGGAAUUACUUUGAAUCAUUUAACUACAAAACUGAUUUUUUUGUUUGUAAAAUAGGUUAGACCCUUAUGAAAAACAGUAUUAAUUCAUAAUAAACAUUAAUGAGUGUUGGGGAACAAAGUUAGAGAUCUUUUCCUUUGAAAAGUUCUCACACAGCCUCUUCUGCAUUGUCAAAUGAUACCUUGCCUAAUUUUAAUAGGUAAAUGUAUGGGAUAUGUAUUUGACUAGCUUAAUAAUGUUACUUUCAGUUGACGACGAGUUCAUAUUAUUUGGAACCAAAGGCACAUUAAUCUGGAAAGAAUUGCUCACAUUAAAUUUUAUCAGUGGGGACACAUUCUUGACUUGAUGCCUUAUGAAAGCUUUCUAUUGUCUUCAAACUUUGUGGGUGAUAAAAUAUAUCUUUCUUUUUAACUCUUGACUAUGUCUUGGUUGUGGAGGAGAGACUUUAUGUUGGUAUGAAUCAAACAUUUCAGAAAAUUAUCUCUUUUAAUCAGGUAAAUAUUUGUUUUAAAAUAUAGCUUUAAAGAAUGUUUAAAAAAGAUUGUCUUUUUUGGUAGGUGUUUGGAACAUUAAGGAAGAUCUCAUUGAUUUCAUUUUCUGGGAAUCGUGUGUACGUGUCAAUAAACAAUGUGGAGAACUUAUUCUGAGUGAUUGUGUUUUUUUUUUUUUUCAUUUGUUCAUUUUGUUUUUUAGUUUUCAGUUUUCCUUUUGACUUUUAGACAUACAGCAGGCUCUUUUCCCCUUGUAAUCUUUGCUUCCACAGUAUUGUGGCUUUGGAAAUCAGACACUUAAUAUUUAUCAGAAUUGUGUAAAAUGGGAUUGUGUUGCUUUGAAUGAUGUUUUAAAUACACAUAAAAUACUUAUUUUCCCCUUAGUGUUUAAACUAUAUGACGUGUAUUUUGGCUAUUUAGACCUAAUUAUUCAUUUCAUAGUCCUGGGCUAUGUUUUAAAUAAGUGAGUUCUUGAUAUAUUUUGGACCUAUUCUGCAAUGUAAGAAAAAGUUCUGAAAAGUAAUGUGAAAUUGACAGUGUUACAAUUUGGGUUUAAUAGGUGAAGAAAUCAUUUUAGCUGUGACUGUUGCCUUUGUCCUACAUGUGUUUAGACAUUAAGAUUUACCAUUACUCCCUUUUUCAGCCUACCCUGUUCUGAUUUAUGUUUUUUGCGGAUCAGUACAGUAAUAGCCCAACAAUUCCCAUUGUCUGUAUUCUAAUGCUACUUGAUUUCACAUAGCUUCAUGAGAGUAUUCUUCCAGAGAAUAUUGCUGUGAUUACUUCAUUUUUCUCCUCAAAAACCAUUAGUGCCUUUCAGUGCCAGCAAUACAUAAAGCCCAUACUGUUUAGGUUGUUGUUGAGGACCCUCUGCAGCUUUUCUCAAUUUUUUUCCUGACAUUCCAUUUCCAAAAAACAGAUCCUCUUCCUACCAAGGUCUCUAAUCAUUAUAUCUUGCUUGGUAUAUAACAAAGUGUGUUCCCUUUCUUUGUGAAAUCCUGUUUAUCCUCAUUUCAUUAAGAUGACCCUCUUCUAAAAUAGGUUAGACUCUUAUAAAAACAGUAUUAAUUUAUAGUAAACAUUAAUGAAUGUUGGGGAACAAAGUUAGAGACCUUUUCCUUUGAAAGGUUGUCACACAGUCUUCUGCAUUGUCAAAUGGUACCUUGCCUAAUAUUUAAUAAGUAAGUGUAUAGGAUAUGUAUUUGACUAGUUUAAUAAUGUUACUUUCAGUUGAAGAUGAGUUCAUAUUAUUUGGAACCAAAGGCACAUUAAUCUGGAAAGAAUUGCUCACAUUAAAUUUUAUCAGUGGGGUCACAUUCUUGAGGUCUAACCUUUUUUAAGUCUUUCUUGAUUGUAUUGUUUGUGUGCCUUAUUUUUACCUCUUUUAGAUCAUAAAUAUCUGGAGGUGACAGGGUUCAAAUAUCUUUGAUUCUUGAGGACAUCUAGCAUAGGGUCUAUUGGAACAUAGGUCAUAGACCUAGUGAAUCAGAAUAACUAGACUUACUAAAAAUGCAUAUCCCUGAGUACUGCCCUGGACUUAUAGAAACUUAAUCUCUGGUGGCACCUAGGACUCUAUAUUUUAGCAAACUGCCCAGGUGACUCUUCUGUUCAAUAAAAUUUAAAAAUCACUGAUUAGCAUGAUGCCUUAAAUGAUAAUAGGUACACACACUUGACUUUUGAGCAAGUGAAGUUAAUGAAUUGAGCAAUAUCAUAGUUCAGGAUGGUUUAAUUUUAAGGCUUUGAAGUCAGCCUAGACUUGAUUCCUGUGACUGUAACCUCACUGUACUUCUAUUUUCCAACCUGUAAAACAGGAUUAAUAGUAUUUCUUAUGAGGGUGUUGUUGGAAUUAAAUGAGAUGGUACAUGCAAAAGCAACAUAGCACAUAACACGCAGUAGGCGCUCAGUAGAUUUUUAUCUGCUGCUGUUAUGAUGAUGACCACUAGCAUCAGUGUCAUCACGGUAAUGAGAUAUGGGUUGCAAGAAUAGGUUCUAGGUCAGUCAUUGUUAAAAAGCAGAUGGUUCAUAUGGUUUCCAGAAGUCAGGCUUGCAAUGUUUUCCGUUUUGGGUUAGUAGAUCAUGGGUGUGUGUGCUGUUUAAAGUCAUAAAGGUGUUUUUGCCUCCUUUCUUCCUUCCUUCCUUUUUUGUUUCUUUUCCUUUUUGGGCAUUGGGAAUUGAACCCGGAAUCACUUUACCACUGAGCUAUAUCCCCAGUGCUUUUUUAUUUUUUGAGACAGUGUUUGGGUAAGUUGUUAGGGCCUCACUAAGUUGCUGACACUGGCUUCAAACUUGUGAUCCUCCUGCCUCAGUCUCUCAAGUCUCUGGGAUUGUAGGCAUGUGCCUUUGCACCUGGCUAGGUGUUUGGUCUUUUUGAGAAAGGUUGGUAUUAAAUUAGAAUGUUAUUUUCCCUUAGUUUUACCACUGCUCAAAGAAUAAAAUGCAAACUUCCAGAGGACAUAGGUCCUUACCAUCUGGCCUAGCCAGUCCCCUCCAACAGCUCUCCACAUCAUCUACAGUAUGUUUCUAUCUUUAUCUUGCAUUUCUUUCGCUUAGUUGUACCUGUAUAUGUGUUUUCCUCCACUUUUUCAUCUAACAGAUUUCCACUGUUGUCCUAAGUCUCAGUUCUACAUGUGACUGACCUUCCGUGUUCUCAAUAUGCUUUGUCUACACUUACAAUGCAUUACCUUUGUGUACAUUUGCCUUCUCAGGAAUAGGAUUUAGUUGUGGCAUAUAUUAUAUCCCCAGUAUGUUGUCAAUAAUUAGUCCACCUGUACUAGAGGGAGAGGAUGUUGGUAUUUGCCUUCUGUCAGCUCCCAUAUUUGUCUGGACUUUGCCAUUUUCAGCUUUCACAAUAGUAAUUACAACUUAUGCUAGACACUAGAUGAUUUCAUUUAAAAAACUUUGUUUCAUUUAAUUUUCACAUUAACCUUAUGAAAUAGCUAUUGAUACCUUUAUUUUAUAAAUAAGGGAACAGGCAUAGACAGGUAAGUAACUUGGAGAAAUUACACAGCAACCAUAAUGAACCUGGAAUUAAUCAAAGCUCACGCUUUUAACUGCAAUGCUAUUCUAAAAAGGUGAUUUAAGCAGGUGACACAUUUCUGAAAUCAAGAGAUUGUGGCUGUAUGAAACUUUUAUUGUUAAUUUACUAAUCAUUCUUAGAAAUGUGAUGUGUUAAGUGCUCUCACAAAAAGGAUUGUUUAAAACUAUUCUCUGGAUAAUGCCUUUCCAGUGAUUUUCCAAAAUUUUUCUUUCUCCCCAGUCUGCCACACUACUUCAUGUCUAUUAAAUAAAAUUUACCUUUUCAUUCAUCCAACAAACACUUGUCCAGUGUACACUAAACUGGACUGAUGGGUUCCUGGUUUUGUGGAACUCAAAUUCUGGUGGAGAGGGACCUUAAAUACCAAAUGAAUGGAUCAUGGUUCGAACUUCGAAGAAAGAAUGAAGCGAUAAUGAGUGAUAGAUAGUGGCAGUGGUGCCAUUUUUGAUUAGGUGAUCAGAGGCAGACUUUGAGAAGGUGACAUUUGGGUUUACAUUUGAGACUCAUGCUGAAUUGAAGCAACUCUGCCAAGAGCCAGGAAAGGGGGAAAUUAGCUUGGCAAGUUUGAGAAGUAGAAAGCCAGGGAGUCUGAAGCCUUGUGAGCUAGGAAAAGUGUGGAAGGAGGAAAAGAUUAGAGAGAUCAGAUAAAUUGAAGACUAUGCUAGAGAUUGGAUUUUAUUCUAAAUGGGAAAGGAAGCCAUUGAAUUUAAAAAAGACACAAUUUAACUUAAAUUUUGAAAAGACGACUUGGCUGCUUUGUGGAGAAUGAAUUGUACAAGUUAGGAGAGACCAGGGAGGGGGCUGUUGCAGCAGUCCUGGCUUGGACUAGAGCAAAGUAAGAGAAGGAAAGAAUGGGAGGAAUUGGGAUGUUUUAGAUGUGUUGAUGGGUCUGCCUGAUAAUCACAUGGGAGUGUGAGAGAAAAAGAGGGAUCAGAUGUAAUUUCUGAGAUGGGAGUGAGCAUAGGAGGAGCAGAUUUGGAGAGGGACUGAGUUCUGUUUGUGUCCCCUGUGUGCCUCUCCUGAUGUACACCUUCAACCUGAAAGGAUGCCACUGUUCUCAGUUUUGUGUUAUUAUUUUCUGACUUUUCUUUAUAGUUUUAUUUUUUAUUAAAUAUUUAUCUGACCCUAAAUUAAAUUAGAAGAUGGAAGAUUAAUUAUCAUUUAAUUUUAAAUUUAAAAAUUUAAACUCUCAGUAUAAAUGGAAUUGCGUAUAUUCUUGUGAUUAAUUAUUUCACCCAUUCAGCAUUGCUUUUUAAAUCAUUCAUGUUGAUGAGGAAACAAGCUUAAUGAACUACCAAUUGUUUGUUUUAUGAAUAUGUUGUAAUAUAUGCAAUCACUGUUUCUUAAAUGUAAGGGGUUUUUACCCCAGGAUUUCUGCAAUUUCAAACAAAGCUAUUAUCAGCAUUCUUGUCCUUAUCUCCUGGUGCACAUUUACAAGUUCCAAUAUCGGUCAUGCUGAGAGUAGAAUUGCUGUAUGAGAGAGUAUGUGCGUCUUCAACUCAAGACAUGUUGUUUUCCAAAGUGUCUUCAAAUUUAUACUCUAGUAGUGUGAGAGUUCCUGUUCUUCCACAUCCUAACACUUGGUAUUGUCAGAGUCAUUAAAGUUUUGCUAACUUAUUUGAAAUAAUACAUCACUACUUUAAUUUUUGUCUCUGAACAUUACUGAAAUCGGGCAUCUUUUACAUAUAUUUAAUAGCCAUUUCAGUGUUAUUAUCUAUUAAAUAUUUAUGUUUAUUGUCCAUUUUCCUUUGAGCUUUCACCUUUUGAAAUUAUUUUUAAGAGUUCUUCUUACUAUGCUGCAAGUGCCCCUCCUUCAUAGGUGUGUUGCAAAUGCCCUCCGCUCCCGUUUCUGUCUUAUGUCUUAUGUUUUUAAUGUCUGAUCAAAAGUUUUUCAUUUUACUGACCAACUCCCUUUAUAGAUUUUAAAAACGUUUUGAUUAUUAAAAAGUGAUUAUAGUCAUAGUAUUGGUAUUUAAUUUAUGGAUAAAUGUUUGAGUAUAACAUAAAGUUGUAUAAGGGCACAUACUUUUUCAAAAGGUUAGUCCCCUUAUUCAUUUAUUAACAUUUCUUCUCAUGAACAUUGGUAAAGGAUUCAAAGAAAAAGAUAAGUGAAGAUUAUAUAUGUCAUAAAUCAAAUCUCCCACUAAAUUCACUUAUGGAGGCUUGGCUACUUCAUUCUUCACUCAUGGUUUAAAAUCCUCAAGUGAAUUUUCUGCAUUAAUUUCAUGCGGGUGCCCGAGAUUAGAACUGGAAAUUUUGGACUUGGCCUAAUACAUUUUUUUCUAUACCAUCUACUUUAUUUCUUUAUUUUUUAUAAAUAUUUCUAUAGUAAAAUAACCAUUUUAAAAUUUACCAUUUUAACUAUUUAGUUCAGUGGCAUUAAGUAUGUACACGUUGUUAUACAACCAUCACCACAAUCCCAGAAUUUUUUCAUUUUUCCAAACUGAAACUCAGUAUCCAUUAAUCUCCAUUCCCCACUCCCCACCUUCUUGGCAACCAACCUUGGUACUUUCUGUCUCCAUGAAUUUGACUACUUUGUUUUAAACUCGUGUAAGUACAGUUAUACAGUAUUUGUCCUUUUGUGUCUAGCUUAUUUCCUUUAGUAUAAUGUCAAAUAUGUUAUAACUUAUGUCAGAUUUUCCUCAUUUUAAAAGUUGAAUAAUAUUCCAUUGUGUGUAUGUAUGACAUUUUGCUUAGCCCUUUACGUACUGAUGGACACUUGGAUUUUUUUUUCUACCUUUUGGCUAUUGUGAAUAAUGGUGUAACUAUCUGUUCUACUUGCUUUUGAUUCUUUUGGGUAUAGUCCCAGAAGUAUAAUUGCUGAAUUAAAUAGUAAUUCUAUGUUUGAUUGCAGAGUUUAUUAAUAAAUACAGUUUUUAUAUUUUAUAAAAUGUAUUUGCUAUGAACAAUAGAAGUGACUAGAAAACCUAUCAUUAGGACAUAUACUAAUUUCCAAUUAUGUGCAAAGUUCCAGUCUAUGAUAGAUACAAAGAAGUGUUAGGAUAUGUAUGAUUCUUAUUGUCAAAAAACUGUCUGGUCUGAGGAUACAAAUAAACACAUGAAAAUUACAUCACAAUGCAUGACUUUAAUAAUGUGCAGUAUCUGGGCCAAAAAUGAAAAGAUGACAGGCCAAUAUGUGAUUAUUUGCCCACUGAAUAUUUUAGGUAGUAGCUACCAUGAGCUCAGCUAAAAGGAAACAUCUUUAAGGCAAGAGGUAUCUGAAAAAGUCUCAUCUCUCAAGUAUAUUUUGAAUGGGAUGUUGCAGUAUACAUAAAAUUCAGAUAGGCAGAGAGAUACUGGUGAGAUCUUCUGUGUAAGGAGGCAUGCCAUAAAUAUCAGAUAUUUUAUUUUGUGAUGACUCAUUAAGUUGGCAUUAAUUAGCAUAGUCCCCGGCCCUUAAAACAAAUGAGACCAAAUCUAUUUAACAAAAAUCACAAGUCUUCUCACCCUACAUUCAGCUGCUAUAUUCACUGGAUAUUGAUGGUAGUAAUAAUAGGAUUAGUAGAUGCAACAGUAAACUAGUAUUCUGUGCUUUCUUGUGCUAAAUACUUUUUGCCUAUAUUUUCUCCUUUCAUUCUCCAGUUAGGAACCAUUCAUUAUCCUUCCUGUGGAUGAGGAAAUGGAGACCUGAAAAACUUCAGUAACUUACCCACUGUCACACACAGUAGUGGAAUCAGUCAGGAUUUACUUCCAGACAUUUUAGAUCCAGAAUCAGCACUUAUUAUUGUUGGGCAUAUUAUGCCAUUAGCAGUAAAUGUGGAAGGGAUUAGUAACUUUUUUUUUAUGCGUAAACUUUCAUAGCCUUUCUGGAUAACUGAUGUUUUAACAUCUGGAAUCCCUGGUUAUUAGCUAGAGUGGUUGGUAAUCACCUCUAGAAAGCAGAGUGAUAAACUAAUAGUUUGUUGAUAAUGAGACUUGCCUUAACAUGGUGGCUUCUGUAGAGCAGAGAUAGUAGGGUAAUCCAUUCUGUAAACAGCUAGAUAAUGACCUUAAAUUUGUGUGUUCACAGCUGAAAGAAAAUGUACAUGUAGUUUUCUUCUGAUGAAACCUAAUCCAUUUAAGAAAAAAAAAAUUCAUUGCCUUGCGGAAAGACAAAAAAAGUUGAGAAUAAUUUCGCCCCCUUUUGUAACUAGAUUAGGCAGUAGAAAUGCUUCUUAGUUUUUUGGCUAUAAUGAUUUUCAUACAUUUUAAUAAGUUAUACUUCUAGAAUUUAUGGGGGUCUAUAUGCUGUUGGUAUGAAAUUUUUGUUCGUUUUUGUGGUGCUGGGGAUUGAACCCAGGGCCUUGUGCUUGGGAAGCAAACACUUUGCCAACUGAGCUAUAUCCCCAGCCUGAAAUGUUUCAUUUUUAAUAAAGACAGCAGGACUAAACAGAUUAGAGAUGUGGAGAGCAUAAUAUAGCAUGCUGAUUGGGCCAUAGAAAACUGAGCAAGUGCCCUCAGUUUCCUCUCCUGUAAACAGUGGCAGUUUGUCUCUUUAAGAGAGUGGUUGUGGAAAAUGACUAGGCUUUAAAAUGAUUGUUAAUCUCAGGGUGGAGAUACUUGGUUUGGAAACAUCACUUCAAGAGUAAAUGUGUCUAAUUCUGCUUUGCAUAAGUAAAACAACAAAGCCUUGGAAUUUUUCCAAAUCAAAUCUGGGCCAAAUAGAAAGGUAAGGGUAAAUGUUAAUUUAUGAAGGAGUUGAGUGUGGGUUGGGGGAAGCUGUUGAAGUAAAGGGUGUUGUGAAUGUUAAGUCAUUUUUGUUGUGAUUGUUGUGUCUGCUAUGUGUUUUUGCUCUAUAUUUCAGAAUCCCUAAUUUAGCAGGGAUAUGGACAAUUGGCUUAAGACGACAAUUUUGGACAAUGAAAAUCAUAUGUGUUUAGAAACAUUUUCACACAAAGAAAUACUUCAGUAUAAAUAGCAGUGUUUAACUUUUUUUCUCAAAUUUCUAAUAAAAUAAUUAAGGUCUUGGGUUGAAGCCUUUAGAUUAGAAUUUCAGGUGCUCUGUUUUUGUACAGUGGACUGCGAGCUUGGGAGUAGCUGAAUUUGCUAAUGUGCAAUUGUAGAUGAGAAAACUUUGUCUCUUUGUCCAGUGUUCAAUGUGCCUUAAAUGUAGUAUAAUUCUUUACUAGAAGUCAUUGACAGCUCUGAGGCUAUAUUUGUCACUGAUGAUGUCAUUAAUGCAAUGAAAUUAAGAAUUUUGGGUAGAAACUCCACUGUUUUUGAUACUUUCAAGAAGUAUGGUGCCAUGGUAGGAAAAGAUAGUAGUAGUCUCCGAUCAAUAAGAAUGAUCAGGAAGAGUCUGAACUCACAUUUCAUCUGAAGUGUUGGUUUUUUAAAUUACUUUUAAUUUUCUACCAGGAAAAGUUGAUGUGCCACAUUAUUACACUUAAAUGCCAUGUAGUAUACAGUUGAGAAAGAGACUUUGAGAAACAGGGUGGUCCUUAGGAUGUGAAAUCAUGGUGGCCUGGUGUGUUAUGAUAAUGAAUUUUAUCAGCUAGACUUGUUUUGCACUUGGAAUGCUAAAAGUUAAGUUAGUGAAUUGGCUAACUAUAAUCAUACAGAAUAGUUUCAAAAGAUUUGUUUUCCUUCUUACCUAAAGGAGACAUCCACUUGGAUACAUUACGUAAUGCUCAAGGGCAGUAACUGAAAUAGAAUUGCAGGUUCUUUAUAAUACAUAAUUCAGCUUACUAAUGAAAUACUUUACAAACUUUCAAAAUAGAUGGAUAGUUAUUAAUAUGAAGGUUUGUCACAAGCUGUAUAGGAAAAAACAGAUGAUAAAACUAUAUAUCUAAAAACAACAAUCUGUAUAAAAUUAAGUGUAUCUACAUAGCCUGGAAAGAGUGGUUUGGAAGGGUGUACACCAUAAGGUGCUUCCUCAUGCUCAGUGACCUUGCUAAAUCUGUUACUGAUGUCUCCGGGUAUAGCUGUGGCUCUAAAUAUGCUUUAGACAUGAAAGCUGUUGGUAACACUUAUUUAUAUCCUUAGCUAAUAAAAAGGGAUACUACAUGAUGGGGGGUUACAGGUUUUGCUGUAGUUAUUGCUUGCAUAUAUUCACUUGGAAAUUUUUGAAAACUCAUUGGAUGUUGUAUUUUUUAAAAGCAAAUACUUAGAAAGCAGUUGAUUAACAGAACUUUAUAUAUUGAUUUAUUUAAUCUUUCUUGGAGGGAAAAUAUAUAACAUAUACUUUUCCUGAGUUAUUCUGUUUUAUUGGGGAUACACUUAUGCUGAGGAUCAGAAAUGCUUAUUUAGAAAACAAAAAUUCCAAUUACCUAAAUGUACAAGUAUCUUUCAGGGUUUGGGUCUAAUGGGGAAUCAUUCAAAAACAAAGGUUUCUUUGGAUGAGGUUAAAAGAGGAGUCUACAAAGUGAAAGUUAAAUGGGCUAAAACAAAAGAAAAAACCAAAUUUCUCUCCCCACACACCAAAACAAACAAAAAACAGAAAGACACGAAAGUUAGUAAUCCUAAGAGAUUCUUUGAUUUAAUUCAUCAUGUUUCCAAAAGUUUAAUCAUAUUUUAUAUUUUAUAUAUGUAUCAUCUGGUAUAUUUCCUUCUAGAUUGUUGAUGUCCUGAGGACAGGGUUUGGAUUUUAUUCAUUCUCCCUUUCUUCAGGAUUAGCACAGUGUUUGGAUUCAGCAUCUGGUACAUGCUUGUUCAGCUGAAGUAAGCUCUGUGAGAUCGCAUAUUUUGUACAUAAAUGAAUGGGCGAAUAAGCCAAAUUGGGAUCAGUUGGUAAAAUACAGAAAGAAAUGGCAGAUAUAUAAUACUAAAUGUAUUUGUUGACUAUAUUUUUUAUUAAACAAUUGGUAAAUAAUCUCAUUCUCAGAUUGUUUUGUGAAGGAAACAGACACCUAAGUACAGAAAAAAAAAAAUCACUGACAUGAAGUAUCAUCUCAACAAAGGAACCUAAAGAAUUUAGGAAAGAAAGAUGGACCAACCUAGUGGAAGAAGUUUUAUGCAAGUAUUAUGUGAAAAAUAUAGUCCUGAAAACUUUCCUUACCGUCGUGGCCCUGGGAUGGGAGUCCAUGUCCCAGCCACACCUCAGGGCUCUCCUAUGAAAGAUCGCCUCAACCUCCCAAGUGUACUAGUGUUGAACAGCUGUGGAAUAACCUGUGCAGGAGAUGAAAGAGAAAUUGCUGCCUUCUGUGCUCAUGUGUCGGAACUAGAUCUUUCUGACAACAAACUCGAAGACUGGCAUGAGGUCAGUAAAAUUGUGUCAAAUGUUCCCCAGUUGGAGUUUCUAAACCUGAGUUCCAACCCUCUGAAUUUGUCAGUUUUAGAAAGAACAUGUGCUGGGUCCUUCUCUGGGGUUCGCAAACUUGUCCUCAACAACAGCAAAGCUUCAUGGGAGACAGUCCACACAAUCCUACAGGAGUUACCAGAUUUGGAGGAGCUCUUCCUGUGCCUUAAUGACUAUGAAACAGUGUCUUGUUCUUCUAUUUGCUGUCAUUCUCUUAAGCUCCUACAUAUAACAGACAAUAACCUCCAAGACUGGACUGAAAUACGCAAAUUGGGAGUGAUGUUUCCAUCACUGGAUACCCUUGUCCUGGCCAACAAUCAUUUGAAUGCUAUUGAGGAGCCCGAUGAUUCAUUGGCCAGGUUGUUUCCUAAUCUGCGAUCCAUCAGCCUCCACAAGUCAGGUUUGCAGUCUUGGGAAGACAUAGACAAACUAAAUUCAUUCCCCAAACUUGAAGAAGUGAGAUUGUUAGGAAUUCCUCUUCUGCAGCCAUAUACCACCGAGGAGCGCAGGAAAUUGGUAAUAGCCAGAUUGCCAUCAGUUUCCAAACUUAAUGGCAGUGUUGUUACUGAUGGUGAACGAGAAGACUCUGAGAGAUUUUUUAUUCGCUAUUAUGUGGAUGUUCCACAGGAAGAAGUGCCAUUCAGGAUGAAUUAUUCAUCAUUACUUAGAAUUUGGGUCUCUUUCAUCUUCGCACUUGUACAGCACCAAGUUCAGCCCAGGGAGCUCAUGUAUCCAUUUUGGCAGAAUGACACCAAAACCCCCAAAGUAGAUGACGGAAGCUCAUCUGAGAUCAAGCUGGCCAUCCCGGUGUUCUUCUUCGGCGUUCCCUACCGCACUGUCUAUGUCAAUAACAACGGCGUUGUCUCCUUCAAUGUGCUGGUGAGCCAGUUCACACCGGAGUCCUUUCCCCUGACGGAUGGGAGGGCCUUCAUUGCCCCAUUUUGGGCAGACGUGCACAAUGGAAUUCGAGGCGAGAUCUAUUACAGAGAGACCAUGGACCCUGUCAUCUUGAAAAGAGCCACCAGGGACAUCAGGAAGUACUUCAAAGACAUGACAACCUUCUCUGCCACUUGGGUUUUCAUUGUGACAUGGGAGGAAGUCACGUUUUAUGGAGGCAGCAGCACCACACCUGUGAACACCUUCCAGGCUGUCCUGGUGUCUGAUGGCUCCUAUACAUUCACGCUCUUCAAUUACUAUGAAAUCAACUGGACCACGGGCACAGCAAGUGGUGGGGACCCCCUGACGGGUCUUGGAGGAGUGAUGGCACAGGCAGGAUUUAAUGGUGGAAACCUCACCAAUUUCUUCAGCCUCCCAGGCUCAAGAACCCCUGAGAUUGUGAAUAUUCAAGAGACCACAAAUGUCAAUGUUCCAGGCCGCUGGGCAUUUAAAGUUGACGGGAAGGAAAUUGACCCGGCCAACGGCUGCACCUCUAGGGGACAGUUCCUUCGGCGAGGGGAGGUGUUUUGGGAUGACCUGAACUGCACCAUCAAGUGCCGCUGUCUGGAUUUCAACAAUGAGAUCUACUGCCAGGAGGCCUCUUGCAGCCCCUACGAGGUGUGCGAACCCAAGGGCAAAUUCUUCUACUGCAGCCCUGUGGAGAUCAGCACAUGUGUGGUGUUUGGAGAGCCACACUACCACACUUUUGACGGCUUCCUCUUCCACUUCCAAGGCUCCUGUGCCUACCUGUUGGCCAGACAGUGCUUGCAGACUUCCAGCCUCCCCUUCUUCAGUGUGGAGGCCAAGAAUGAGCACCGAGGAGGCUCUGCCGUCUCCUGGGUGAAGGAGCUCUCCGUGGAGGUCAAUGGUUACAAGAUUCUCAUCCCCAAAGGAAGCUAUGGGAAAGUCAAGGUUAAUGACCUAGUGACUUCUUUGCCUGUCACCUUAGACUUGGGGGCAGUGAAAAUCUACCAGAGUGGCAUGUCUACUGCUGUGGAAACAGAUUUUGGGCUUCUAGUGACGUUCGAUGGCCAGCACUACGCCUCCAUUUCCGUCCCAGGCUCUUAUAUAAACUCCACCUGUGGGCUUUGUGGGAACUAUAAUAAAAACCCACUGGAUGACUUCCUCCGCCCUGACGGCAGGCCAGCCAUGUCUGUGCUGGACCUGGGCGAGAGCUGGCGUGUCUAUCACGUGGACUGGAAGUGUGACUCCGGCUGUGUGGACAACUGUACCCAGUGUGAUGCUGCCACUGAAACCCUCUACUUUGGCUCUGACUACUGUGGCUUCCUGAACAAGACGGACGGCCCCCUGUGGGAGUGUGGCACCGUGGUGGACCCCACGGCCUUUGUGCACAGCUGCGUGUAUGACCUGUGCAGCGUGAGGGACAAUGGCACGCUCCUCUGUCAAGCCAUCCAGGCCUACGCUCUCGUGUGCCAAGCUCUCGGCAUCCCAAUCGGAGACUGGCGAAUCCAGGCUGGGUGUGUGUCCACCGUGCAGUGUCCGAGUUUCAGCCACUAUUCCGUGUGCACCAGCAGCUGCCCCGACACGUGCUCAGACCUGACGGCCUCUCAGAACUGCGCCACACCGUGCACUGAGGGCUGCGAGUGCAACGAGGGUUUCGUCCUCAGCACCAGCCAGUGUGUCCCCCUGCACAAGUGCGGCUGUGACUUCGACGGCCAUUACUACACGAUGGGGGAGUUCUUCUGGGCCACGGCCAACUGCACCGUGCAGUGCCUGUGCGAAGAGGGCGGCGACGUGUACUGCUUCAACAAGACCUGCCGCAGCGGGGAGGUGUGCGCCGUGGAGGACGGCUACCAGGGCUGCUUCCCCCGGCGGGAGACCGUGUGCCUGCUCAGCCAGAACCAGGUGCUGCACACCUUCGACGGCGCCGCCUACGCCUUUCCCUCCGAGUUCUCCUACACCCUCCUGAAGACCUGCCCUGAGCGGCCCGAGUACUUGGAAAUCGACAUCAACAAGAAGAAGCCCGACGCAGGACCUGCUUGGCUACGGGGCCUGCGGAUCCUGGUGGCUGACCAGGAAGUCAAGAUCGGAGGAGUCGGGGCUUCGGAAGUCAAGUUGAACGGUCAGGAAGUGGAAUUACCGUUUUUCCAUCCUUCGGGGAAGCUGGAGAUUUAUCGAAACAAAAACAGCACGACAGUGGAGUCCAAGGGCGUGGUGAGCGUGCAGUACUCGGACACAGGCCUGCUGGACAUCCGCCUGUCCACCGCCUACUUCAACUGCACCGGCGGCUUGUGUGGCUUCUUCAACGCCAACGCCAGCGACGAGUUCUGCCUCCCCAAUGGCAAGUGCACGGACAACUUGGCGGUGUUUCUGGAAAGCUGGACCACCUUCGAGGAGAUCUGCAACGGGGAGUGCGGGGACCUGCUCAAGGCCUGCAACAACGACUCGGAGCUGCUCAAGUUUUAUCGGAGCCGCUCCAGGUGUGGCAUCAUCAACGACCCCUCCAACAGCUCCUUUCUGGAGUGCCACGGGGUGGUCAACGUCACCGCCUACUAUCGCACCUGCCUCUUCCGCCUGUGCCAGAGCGGGGGCAACGAGUCGGAACUCUGCGACUCGGUGGCGCGCUACGCCAGCGCCUGCAAGAACGCCGACGUGGAGGUGGGCCCCUGGCGGACCUACGACUUCUGCCCUCUGGAAUGCCCAGAGAACAGCCAUUUCGAGGAGUGCAUUACCUGUACAGAAACCUGUGAGACACUGGCCCUGGGCCCCAUCUGCGUAGACAGCUGCUCGGAGGGAUGUCAGUGUGACGAGGGCUAUGCCCUGCUGGGCAGCCAGUGCGUGACCCGGAGCGAGUGCGGCUGCAACUUCGAGGGGCACCAACUUGCCACCAAUGAGACCUUCUGGGUGGACCAGGACUGCCAGAUCUUCUGUUACUGCAAUGGCACAGACAACAGUGUCCACUGUGAGACCAUCCCCUGCAAGGAUGACGAGUACUGCAUGGAGGAGGGCAGCCUGUACUCCUGCCAGCCACGCACCGACGCCUCCUGCAUCGUCUCGGGCUACGGCCACUACCUUACCUUUGAUGGCUACCCCUUUGACUUCCAAACUAGCUGUCCACUCAUCCUGUGCACUACAGGAAGCCGGCCGAGCUCAGACCGUUUCCCCAAGUUCAUCGUGACAGCCAAGAACGAGGACCGGGACCCAUCACUGGCCCUGUGGGUCAAGCAGGUGGAUGUGACUGUGUUUGGCUACAGCAUCGUGAUUCACCGGGCCUACAAGCACACCGUGUUGGUCAACAGUGAAAGGCUCUAUUUGCCCCUGAAGUUGGGACAAGGGAAGAUAAAUAUCUUUUCCUUUGGUUUCCAUGUGGUGGUGGAAACUGACUUUGGCCUGAAGGUUGUGUAUGACUGGAAGACCUUCCUGUCCAUCACGGUCCCUCGGAGCAUGCAGAACAGUACCUAUGGCUUGUGUGGCCGCUACAAUGGCAACCCUGACGAUGACCUGGAGAUGCCCAUGGGUCUGCUUGCACUGAGUGUCAGUGAGUUUGGGCAGAGCUGGGUGAAGAGGGACACCUUCUGCCAGGUGGGCUGUGGGGACCGCUGUCCAUCCUGUGCCAAGGUUGAAGGUUUCUCUAAGGUGCAACAACUGUGCAGCUUGAUCCCCAACCAGAACGCCGGCUUUGCCAAGUGUCACAGCAAAGUCAAUCCCACCUUCUUCUACAAGAACUGCCUGUUUGACUCCUGCAUUGAUGGGGGCGCGGUGCAGACUGCGUGCAGCUGGCUGCAGAACUACGCCAGUACUUGCCAGACUCAGGGGAUUGCAGUGACCGGCUGGAGGAAUUACACAUCCUGCUCGGUCACCUGCCCUCCCAACAGCCAUUAUGAGAGCUGCGUGAGCGUGUGCCAGCCCCGCUGUGCCGCCAUCCGCCUAAAGAGCGACUGCAACCACUACUGCGUGGAGGGCUGUCAGUGCGACCCAGGCUACGUCCUCAACGGCAAGAGCUGCAUCCUGCCGCACAACUGCGGCUGCUACUCAGACGGCAAAUAUUACGAGCCCAAGCAGCUGUUCUGGAACAGCGACUGCACGCGGCGGUGUCGCUGUUUCCGGCGCAACCUCAUCCAAUGCGACCCGCGCCAGUGCAAAUCGGACGAAGAGUGCGCGCUGCGCAACGGGGUGCGCGGCUGCUUCAGCACCAAGACCUCCUACUGCCUGGCGGCAGGCGGCGGCGUCUUCCGCACCUUCGACGGCGCCUUCCUCCGCUUCCCCGCCAACUGUGCCUUCGUACUCUCCACCAUCUGCCAGAAGCUCCCCGACAUCUCCUUCCAGCUCAUCAUCAACUUCGACAAGUGGUCCUCCCCUAACUUGACCAUCAUUUCGCCCGUCUAUUUCUACAUUAACGAAGAGCAGAUUCUGAUUAAUGACCGGAACACCGUCAAGGUGAAUGGCACCCAAGUGAACGUUCCAUUUAUAACUGGUUUAGCUACCAAAAUCUACAGCAGUGAGGGGUUUCUGGUGAUUGACACCAGCCCCGACAUCCAGAUCUACUACAAUGGUUUCAAUGUCAUUAAAAUCAGCAUCAGUGAGAGGCUGCAGAACAAAGUCUGCGGCCUCUGUGGCAACUUCAAUGGGGACCUGACUGAUGAUUAUGUGACCUUGCGGGGGAAGCCAGUGGUGAGCAGUGUGGUUCUGGCCCAGAGCUGGAAAACCAACGGCAUGCAAAAGAGCUGCAACGAACUGCAGUUCUCACAGUACGCAGCCACAUGUGACAAUGUGCACAUUCAGAAGAUGCAGGGGGAUGGCUACUGCCUGAAGCUCACCGAUAUGAAAGGCUUCUUCCAGCCCUGCUACGGACUCCUCGACCCCCUCCCCUUCUAUGAGUCCUGCUACCUGGAUGGCUGCUACAACCACAACAAAUUCCAGUUGUGUGGCUCCCUGGCUGCCUAUGGGGAAGCCUGCCGCUCCUUUGGGAUCCUGAGCACAGAGUGGAUUGAGAAGGAGAAUUGCUCAGGAGUGGUUGAAGAUCCCUGUGUCGGGGCGGACUGUCCCAACCGAACCUGUGAGCUGGAAAAUGGAGGAGAGCUGUGUGGUUGCAUUGAGCCACCCCCCUACGGAAACAACUCACAUGACAUCAUUGAUGCAGAGGUGACCUGCAAGGCGGCCCAGAUGGAAGUGUCCAUCUCUAAGUGCAAACUCUUCCAGCUUGGCUUUGAGAGGGAGGGUGUGAGAAUCAAUGACAGGCAGUGCACUGGCAUCGAGGGGGAAGACUUUAUCUCCUUUCAGAUCAACAACACCAAAGGGAAUUGUGGCAACAUCGUGCAGUCCAACAGCACUCAUAUCAUGUAUAAAAACACAAUCUGGAUCGAAAGUGCCAACAACACUGGCAACAUCAUCACCAGGGACCGCACAAUCAAUGUGGAAUUUUCAUGUGCUUAUGAGCUGGAUAUCAAGAUCUCCUUGGAUUCUGUAGUAAAGCCUAUGCUAAGUGUCAUUAACCUGACGGUUCCAACCCAAGAAGGCAGCUUUACCACCAAGAUGGCGCUCUACAAAAAUGCCUCCUACAAACAUCCUUACCGCCAGGGUGAAGUAGUCUUGACCACACGAGAUGUGCUGUACGUAGGGGUCUUUGUGGUUGGAGCUGACUCUACACAUUUGAUCCUCACGCUCAACAAGUGCUAUGCCACCCCUUCCCGUGACAGCAAUGAUAAGCUCCGAUACUUCAUCAUUGAAGGAGGGUGUCAGAACAUUAAAGAUAACACCAUCGGCAUCGAGGAGAAUGGAGUCUCCCUAACCUGCCGUUUUCACGUCACCGUCUUUAAAUUCAUUGGGGAUUAUGAUGAAGUUCAUCUUCACUGUGCAGUGUCGCUCUGUGACUCAGAAAAGUACUCCUGUAAAAUCACUUGCCCACAAAAUUCCAGGAUUGCCACAGAUUAUACAAAAGAACCUAAAGAACAGAUCAUUUCAGUGGGACCUAUUAGGAGAAAAAGGCUGGACUGGUGUGAAGACAACGGAGGAUGUGAGCAGAUCUGCACCAGCCGGGUGGACGGGCCUCUGUGCAGCUGCGUGACAGGAACCCUGCAAGAGGACGGCAGGAGCUGCCGAGCCUCUAAUUCUUCAGUUGAUCUUCAAGUUUGGACACUUCUUCUCAUCGUGACCCAAAUUUCACUAUGGCAUUUUGUAUAUCAAUCAGACACAACCUCAUAAUGCACUCAAGGUUGCUAUAUAAAGUACUGUAAUUUACUUACUUCAACUCCCUGUAGGAUAAAAAGUGUGUGUCCCUAAGUCAAAAUCUAUUUGAAAGUGUCCACCUUCUCACAAUCAUGCCACUUGUCUCCAGUGGUCAGAGAUUCCAGGUCCCUCUUUCAAAAUAUGCACCAGGGCUUCUAAAAGCCAGUCAUGGGAAGGAUGUAUUUAACUAAAAUUCCCAAACAGUUGUCACUAGAAACCUUGGCUCAUGUGAAAAUCCAGUAAAGGAAAUGAACUCUAGUUAUAGAAAUCUGACCUGAAAUCUGACCAGAGAAAUCUGUCCAGCCACUGCUAGUUCUGGAUCCUACUUGUUACAGAGUUAGGGCUAGUUGGAACAAUCUGGGAGUGAUGACUGAAAGGUUUGGCUCCCUCUAAGGAAUCUCGCUGGCGUGUGGAAGUGUCUGAUCUACAACCUGCACCAUGGCUCUGUUCUGUUGAGGACGAGUCCCUUUGCCCGCCCACCGCAGCUCUCCACCUUGCCAUGGCAGCUUUGGCCACUGGAUAUAUUAAUUGCAGACCUGGGGAACCUCACCCCGAUCCCACCCCUCAAACCCAGUCCCUUCUCUUUUCACAGAUCAACCAAAUAAUUUUAAUGUGUUUUAUCCUUAAAUAAACUUUGUGUUCAAGUAUUCUCA